UAGCAGCGGUCCCAGAAGUCUUUGCGAAAGUUUGCUCGGCCCAGUCUCCUUCUCAGUUCUAAAGUGGCGAAUGGACUGGGCACAAUAAUCAAACUUAAGACGGAAAAAGAAAAAUGAAGGUUUAUGGUACCAGCCUUCCAACCAUACAAUGAAUCUAUAUGACGGUUGAUAGUUGCAAACGAAGAGUCAGUUGACUCACAAAACCUUUAGCCUUUAUCUUAACACGAGUGUUUCGGCUCAGGUCUAUUUUCAAAGUAAUUCUACGGUACAUAAACAUGUUAUUUACUCUUUUAACUCUAUUCAUAUAUUCAUUAUUAUCACAGGUUAGCUUGGUUUCUGCGGAAAGCUUUGAUAAUAUCAAUGCACGUCAAUUGUUUACCCUAGUUGGUUCUUGGAGGGUAAGUACAAAUGCGGUGUCACAGAGUGCUUUCUGACUAAUAAUGAAAAACCUUACCGUAUUCGGUGGGGCCUCUCGGGGUGUUUGAAUAACCAUGAAUGAACUGUAGAAAGUGCUGGCUUUCCUCUGCCCUGCAGGUGGUUAAAAGAAUUUUUUAUAUUCUUGGAUAAGGUAGAAAAACUUUCACAGUACUUUGGCUUCGUCCGUCUCUGUUUGCAUAAAAGAAACCCUAUGGAUGCAACAAAUUUCUGGCAGUGACCACUCCGGCCUUAGUAGUACCAAGCUCAAAUGAAAAUCACAUUGGGGGAGUGCAUAACUCAUCAGUGAUUGUUAGAUUCACAUUUUCGGGGAGAGACAAACGUCAGUUUUCAUCACGCGACGACGUUUUCCUUGUACUUAUCGUUUGUUUAGUUUAGCGACAUUAAUCCAUUCAUUCAUCCAUCCUGACAAUUUUCAUCUGCUUAAAUUUUAUCAGUCCAAAUAUGAGAAAUUGUCAACUUGAAUUACCGUUUGCCUUUUGUCGUAAAGUUACCCUGCUUGGCAAGCGUUUCCGGGCGAGUACGUCUACGUGGAGAACGUUGGGACGAGAGCAAAAACGAGGAAUAAAAGGGGAGGAGAGAAAAGUAACGCUUCAAUAUUAGAAAAGAUUCGAUAUAUUAAAAUUCAUACUUGGCUGCGAGGCUUGGGGGAAAAAAGGAAAAGAAAUCAUCUUGAGUCUCAGCAAUGAAUAAUGCAUUUCUUUUGUUUUAUUCCGCCAAGCCUCGUAGCCAAGAAGGAAUUUCAAUAUAUCGAAAUUGGUCUAUUCCGUGAAAAAUGUUUUACCCACUGUUAAGUUUGGAGAAACUAAAGAUGAGAUAUGAUCAUUUUCUUAGUCCAAUACAGUUGCUAUUAAGAAACUCAACAAGACAAGUCUAGAUCUCACAAGGGAAAUUAAAAUGGAACUUAAACAGGUGAGUUUGUGAUUUCCCAGUAGUAAGUUUCUUGGCAGGUCAAAUCACUCGGCUAAGGAAUAAAAGUAGCUAAAACUUGCUCACUUUGUUAUGUAUUGAAUAAAACACUAGAUACACGUUCACUGUUUCAAUUUCAAAUUUCACGUCGAAUUUUUAUCCCAUAAUUACAUAAUUUGUAUAGGUUUUCUUGAUGCCCGACCUGAGAAACAACAAGCUAUAGCAUGGUCCACAAGUCUGCGUUUGCAACAGUUGAUGAUAAUUAAUAAUGAGCGUAUUUACAUCAUUCCACUUUGCUUUUUGCGUUAUAUACCGUAUUUUCCAGGUUUUAUUUCAGGUUGUGCAAGGAUAAAAUAGUUACAACAGUGACCAUGUAAACUUCAUUAAAUGAUGAUAAAAAGUAUAUUGACUAACUGCUGGUCAAUACCCUCAUAGAGUUAGUCUUGCCAAGAAGAAUUGUGCUAAUGACAACUCUAACAAAGGUUCGAGAUGUAAGACUCGAAAGCUAUCAUUAUUUCUACCUUGCUUAAAGUUGUCUUACAGCACACUUUAUCUGAUUGUAUGGAGUAUGCUUCCUUUUGAUACCUGAUGCGUUUCAUAUCUUUCAGAUGCGUGACAUUCGCCACGACAAUUUAACUCAAUUUAUGGGAGCAUGCGUGGAUACUCCCAACAUAUGCAUCUUGUUCCAGUACUGCCCUAAAGGCAGCUUGCAGGUAAAACAUCAACAGAUAGCAUGGUUACAACAAUUGUCAGUAUUAAUUUUAUGGUUGUAGACCCGAACAGCGCAAUUUCUUUGAAGGUCAAGUCACGCGGCUAAAGCUACGGUAAAACGGGCAAGAAAAAAGUGUAACUUGUUUUGCAACAUUGCUGCAAAUCGACUUGAAAACCGAUGUUGCGCGUUUUACUGUCCAAGAAUGAAACAUGUCUUGCUGCAAAUCAGGUCGUUGCAAGUUGCGUGAAUACAGCCUGUACUUCUGAUUGGAUAAAAUUAGGCGGGAGUCACGCCAUAUACGGGAUGUUUGUCACUUACUGCAAACCAAGUUUGCCUCUGGCCAGUAAAUCGCGCAUCUUGUACAGAAUUUGCCUCAAAAAAUAGCACUACUCUGUACUUUCGCAACCUGCAACAAGCUGAUUUGUUUCAAGACAGGUUUGAUUCGUCGGUGAUAAAAUGCAUAACAUUGCUUUUUAACUCGUUUUGCAGCAAUGAUGGAAAACAAGUUGCAACGUUUCGCUGCCCGUUUUAACGUACCUUAAAAGUGGCUUUAGUCGUACAUUAGUUACUGACCACAACUAACCAUCCGACUCUUACUCAUAGCACGAAGCCUCGAAAUUGAAAAAAAAAUCAAUUAAUUAUAUAAUAAAAAGUAUCAUGCGAAAGAACUGGCUGCCCAACAGGUUUUUGUUUACAGACGUAAAGCUAAAACUACUUUUAAGAGACUCAGUGUAAAAGGUUUAACAUGUUAUAUCAAUCAGUCCCUUUCAGCAUUGCCACUACUAAGGAAGCCCAAACAUAAUUUUGUGUUUUUCAAUUUUCGAAAUACCCAGUAGCAUGCGAAAUUAAGUUCUCAAUUUGAAUGAACAAGUUUCCACAUCCUCAAGUGAAAGCCGGAGGCUGGCAAAUUCCCAGAAAGGACCGCCAAUGCCCAUCUUGACUUGGUUAAUAUCAAGACAACUAGCUGAUAGUUUCAACUGUCAUUCUUCUCCCCUUACUUUACCUCACUGAAAGGAUGAGUGGUAUAGUACGAUCAUCUUAAGUCCCCAUUCAAAGGUCAUGCUCCUCCUUUUCAAUUGUUUCUCUUCAGGAUAUCCUUGAAAACGAGGACGUAAAACUGGAUAACAUGUUUGUGACGUCACUUGUCACUGACAUCGUCAAGGUAACUAGAUGCUUUUUUGGUAUAUAUUUAUGAGAACAGAAAUGAGAAUUUUUGAAGUAGUUUGAAGGAAUUUUGCGCGUUUUUGUCUUUUUUCAGGGAAUGAGUUAUCUUCAUAGUACAGAUAUAAAAUCUCAUGGCAACCUUAAGUCAUCAAACUGUGUGGUAGAUGGUCGCUGGGUCUUGAAGAUCACCGACUAUGGGCUCAAUAAAUUUAAAGCUGACCAGGCCGUUAGAGAAGAAGGAGAAUACGCUAGAUUUUACCGUAAGUGCAUUAUACUGCUUCCUUGGAAAAAAGCUAAAAGAUACGUCGAAGAUCUUGAACAGUCUUAUAACUCAAAAUCUGUUGAUUAAUUUUAAUUGAAUGUACAUUACGGAAUCGCGCCUGUAGAUACGCUUCGCUAGUAAAUGCAAAUUUUUCUGUCAAUCAAAUGUGUCCUAUUAUUUGUAGGUGGAAAUUGGUAAAACAUCGUUAUUGUUUUGGAGACAAUAGAAGAACAAAAGGUAACAGGAAGAUCAAGUUAUGCGGUCUUAAAGCGUGUUGCGUGACUUAUAUCAGUUGGAGCAUUUCUCCUAGCUUUCCCGCAUUAAAACGUUGGAAUGAAAAGUCUGAAGCUUAGCUUUUAAAAUCUUGACAGCCAAAAUAAAAGGGGUGCCCAAAAGGCAAGCAUUUGGGAAUUCAAAAUCGAUAUUUUUGUCUCCAGCGAAAUCCGGCGGAUGAACAGUAAUUUGCAUAUAAGCGUAAGUGAAGCGAAAUAGAUACAAAUUGCCGUGGUUGUAAACACAACGUUUCCUCGAAGUUUUUUUCCUUUGGAAAGCGUAAAUUCGCAUGAAAGAGCUCAGCUUGCACAAAAUAAUAUAAAAUGAAAUGAAUCAAAUCGAAAAGUGGUAAAAAAAAGUCAGGAUAUUUCAAUUCGAUGGAAAGUAAGUGAUUGGGUAGGUGAUUUGCAUACUGAUAAAAAUAACGUCUAGCGCAGUUCAAAACCGUUCGGCUUCCUGAAUUGUUUUCCUGGAAUUCUAUACAUUCUGCUGGCCUAAAUCGUUAAAAUAUGUUAUGAAGUCAAAAUAUUUAUCAAGUUGAGUAGCGCGAAAGCUUCGAUCUAUAGAUUUUCUUAAGUUAAAUUACCUUUGUAUCGUGGAAACAAUACCCUAACACUUGAGUCUUGAAUCAAAGGACGCGACAUGCGUCGGCUCCCUUUGUGAGCGCGCAAAUAGUCAUGGGACCCGCGAUUUUGCGGGCGACACGUAUCUACAGGCGCCAUUCCGUAAUGUAGGAUGCCUCGCAAAAAGUUGCCUGGCAUUUAAUACAAAUGAUACCAUAAUUAUGUUUGUUACAAAUAAUAUUAAAAGAUAAAAAAAUGUGUAGAAAAUCUUGAAUAGUAUAUAGACCAGUCCUGUUUUUUUUUCAAGUUUUGAAAAAGACCAGUUGCGAGUAUCAACACAGGCAGCCCAAACUCAUAUCGUGUAAUCCUCAAAAUGGCCAUGAAUAUAAAUGAUUUGUAUGGGAAUUCAGGCAUCAAUUAGCCUGCGAACCGCAGACGCAUUUCCGGUCGUCGCUUCUCUCUCCUCCUCUCGGAGGGAGAGAAGCGACGACCGGAAAUGCGUCUGCGGUUCGCAGGCUAGGCAUCAAUAGAUUCAAAGAGAUAAAUACUCGCAUAAAUUGUCAAUAUAAUUUUCAAUACGCUCUACUUUAUUUACUUGGAGUGUUGUUGCUUCCUCUGUGGUUAUUUUCCCGAUCCACUGCGAUUUAAGCGAUUUCCUUCAACUUUUUUCAACUGAAUUUUGAAGACAUUACUACCUACCCUUUCACGUCAUGCAACGACUAUUGAUGUUUCAGUCUCUGACCACUUAAGGCAUGACCAUCUAAUCAAAUAUACAUAUUUAGAUAAAUGCUUUUUAAAACGACGUUCAAAUGUAGAUAUCUAGAAAAUGAUAAAGCUGUUUCAGUUCUCGCAUUAGCAAUGUCUUUGUUUGAUUGUUUAUGAAGGGAUGAUAUGGACCGCUCCCGAACUCAUUCGAGCGGGAAAAGAAGCACCAUCUCGUGGAACGCAAAAAGGAGAUAUUUACAGCUUUGCAAUAAUUUGUCAAGAACUUCUUACCCGAUCAGGGCCGUUUGAUAUGUGUUACUAUCACACAGAACCAAAAGGUUUGUGAACUUGUUCAUAAAAGAUUUUGCUUUACGAAAUGAAAAUGCCGCUAAAAAAUUCUGGCGUUCUUACCCAUCACAUAGAAACUAUCUGUUAUUCUUGUUUAUUCACAGAGGUCGUACAGCGAGUGAUGAUGCGGGAGAGCCCUCCAUUCCGUCCAAAAUUCAAUAACAUUGUGAAGCAGUCUGAUCUUCCUGGACUGCGACAAAUUACCGAGAGAUGCUGGAAUGAACAGCCCGAGGCCAGACCUGAUUUUGAGGAUUUAAGGCGCCAGAUUAGAAAAAUGUCGGUUGGGAGGUAAUGUAUCAUUCUUAAGGACUGCAUACAUAAAUACAUACUUACACUGUUAACAGUUAGCUAUUACGACACCUAAAGGGGGAACAUGAGGUUAUCCCUAUCAUUAAGAUCUCUCCUUACAGAUAACCAAGCCAGCUCAGGAAGAGUUGGCCACCCCAUCGGGGUCUAUAUGUCCCCAACUCUUUUCGAACAGUGGUGUGAGUUCUUUUACGUCCCAUAAGAACUAGAUAAGUGAAAUUUCAAAGUGCUGUUUAAGGCAGCACUCUUUCUUCUCAGUUAUUUAAAGACCCCAAGUGUUGGUCCGGCAGUCUCUAACUGAGCUAGCUAACUAGGCGGCAUUGGUAGUAUUGUCUCAUAUCUUUAAAUUAGACGCUAUAUGUAUGCAUUUAUGCAGGUACUCUUCAUUAGAACAAAUCGGUGCCACUUAAUUCCCACAGAAUAUCGUCAGAUUCGGCGCACAAAAAGCCAUUGAACUAAUAAUCAUGACUAUUUUCCCUUCUCUAUUAAAAAAGCACUCCUUUGUUUUAAAAUAUUAUCCCAGUUUCAGUAUUGCCUUUUUAUUGAUAAAUUACCCGUACCUGUAGCGGCAUUGGUACUGUGGUGUAGUGACAGUUCGCUUGCGCUUUUCGAAGAUUUGAUGAAUAUGUGGGGGGUGACUAAUUUAUGAUUUCCUUUAGUUAUGAGAAAAGCAUAUAUGAAUUAGCUACACUGAUCGUGAAUUCAAUUUUUCGCAGGCAUACGAACAUAAUGGACAAUAUGGUCAAUAUGCUGGAAAAAUAUGCAAAUAACCUGGAAAGCCUAGUGGAAGAAAGAACCUCGCAAUUGGCGGACGAGAAACGGAAAACAGAGAAUUUACUUCAUAGGAUGCUCCCACCGUAAGUCUACACUGUAAAAGAAACAAAAUAAAUAAACAACUAAAUACCAAUGAGAGAAUAAAUAUAGAUGAUGAAUUAAGGAACAAAAAAGUAAAGAUAACGAAUAAAAAAAUAAUGGAAAUCAAUCCCUCUCGACAUAAACAAAUUUUAAUAAGAGUCAACAGAGGAGAUCUCACAGACGCUACCACAGAUGAUGCGGAAAGAGGAAGUUUUGGCCCUAAACGCGUGUGCUAUAGUCAGUUUCUGAUGCCCAGCCAGAAACCUUUAUUUACAGUCAUGUUUGUGUUGUUGAUACAGACCCGUGGCGCGUGAUUUGGUUCAUGGAAAAACCAUUGUGCCAGAAAAAUUCGACGAGGUAUCGAUUUUCUUCAGCGACAUCGUAGGAUUUACGUCUUUGUCUUCGGAGAGUACUCCUUUUCAGGUAUGGAUAAAUUGUUAACUUCCUUAUUUUAUAGAAAAUUUCUCAUAUGCUAUCCUUGAGUGUUAUUUUUUUCUCAAUCUCGUUAACACGGAUAGCUAGUAACAUGAUUGCUACAUCUUGGAAGGGGAAAUCCAGAUAUGUAAAUACUUUUCUUUAGAUGGACCGUACAUAACUUUUUUUAUUUUUUGUCAGGUUGUUGAACUGUUGAAUGACCUAUACACAUUAUUUGAUGACAUAAUCAGUAAUUACGACGUUUACAAGGUCAGUACAACUGUUCAACAUUUAUAAUGUUUGAAACUUUUUUCGAGAUAUGCCUUGAACAGACCUAUAAGAAUCAUUUACUUUUCUCGUCUGCUCCUAGGUUGAAACAAUUGGUGACGCUUACAUGGUUGUGUCAGGCUUGCCUAUCAGAAACGGCCAUCAACACGCGGGGGAAAUAGCUAGCAUGGCAUUGCACAUGCGCAAAGAGAUAUAUAACUUUAAAAUACGUCAUAGGCCCAAUGAGCAAUUAAAACUGAGGAUAGGAAUGCACAGCGGUAAGGGGA